CUAAUUAAAGUCAAAUCUCAGAUGCGUCUCCAAGUGUAUCUAAUUAUACGUGAAGGAAUUGACUUUGGUGCCUUAAAAGCAGCAUUUCACAAAGAGAGAAAAAAAAAGAACGAAAGAAAUGGGGAGAUCAGACGAAAAAGAAAUGGAGAUUGUUCUGUCUCUGAAACUAGAUACUAAACAAGAGCACAUGGAAGCAGUCAAACAUCCGUCUAAAAUGCAAAGGGAUGAUAAUCAACAUAAAGCUGUAGAUUUGCAAGAUAAGGAGGACCAACAGACAUCAAUGGCUGCCACAGGGGAAGUAGAAGUAGAAGAUUCAGCACCGUUACAAGGACACAGGAAGGCUGAAGAGUUGUCCAUGCUACAAAUGGAGAUGAAUCGCAUGAAAGAAGAGAACAAAGUGUUAAGGAAAGAGGUGGAAAGAACUUUGCAGGACUACAAUCAUCUUCAGAUGAAGUUUGCUGUUAUUCAGCAAAACAACCCCAACAAGGAACCUCGAAUUUUUCUCUCGCUUAAUGCAAAUGAAAGCUCAAGUCAAGAACAGCAGGCAAACCAAAGGAACUUAAAUACUGUCAACCACCGAAAACAUGGGUCGCCAUUAUUACAUGAUAAUGAUGAUGAAGAGAAGAAUGAACUAGGGUUGUCAUUAAGGCUCGAAACCAUCUCAAGUCAACGAGGAAUUGGAGAAGAAGAGCAUAAAAAAGAAAGUCAAGGAGCCCAAAACGUUGAAUCGGUGCAAAACAAGCUUCACCAAAGUCAAUCGUCAGCCAUCACAAGCAAUGCUGUUUCUACACCUAAUAGAAAACCUAGGGUUUCCGUUAGAGCAAGAUGUCAAACAGCUACUAUGAAUGAUGGGUGUCAAUGGAGGAAAUAUGGGCAGAAAAUUGCUAAAGGAAACCCUUGCCCACGUGCCUACUAUCGUUGCACGGUAGCACCAGGAUGCCCAGUCAGGAAACAAGUGCAACGAUGCUUGGACGACAUGUCGGUUCUUAUAACAACAUACGAAGGAACUCACAAUCAUCCACUCCCUGUUGGUGCAACCGCCAUGGCUUCAAUAGCUUCAUCAGCUUCACCCUCCUUCGUGUUACUUGAUUCAAGCAGCUCUCUCUCUAAUGGUAUUCCAAACAAUCAACACAUAAACUCAUUACCUACCAACCUUAGUGACCCUUCAAAAGGAAUCCUUCAUAACCUCACAAACGAUCACCAUUUCGAUCAUCAAAUGUUGCCCACAGUUCCAUCAGCACAUCAACAAGUUUUUCCAUGGAUGCCGAGCAGAUUAAACCAGAACAACGGCAGAGAAUGGAAAUCAUCUGAAGAUGAAGAUAAGUCAUUGUUAGCUGAAAAUGUUAAAGCUAUUGCUACAGAUCCUAACUUUAGGGUCGCAGUGGCGGCUGCUAUUACAUCUCUAACAAAUAAAGAAGCUCAAACAAAUCAUCAUCAUCCCAUUGCUAUGGGUUCUUCGUUGGUUGGUAGGGUGUCAGAGAGUGGGAGCUCUAGUGCCAACAAUUGGGUGCUUGAAUCUCUCUUGGAAACUAGUAAGCCCAUUCAUCAUUCACCCUAGAAUUUAGUAAAAAUUCAUAUUAUCAUUUGGGAAAUAUUUUGUUUAUUAGUGAACAUUAAACACGGAUUAAAGAGUAUAUGAGAAAGCUAUUUACUUUUAGAGAAAGACUUGUAUGAAAUAGUGAUUCUAAGAGAAAAAAUUUUAUUUGUUGUUUUCUUAUUGGAAAUGGAUAAGGAUGAUGUGAAA